GUCAAACAGAGAGUGCCAGAUUGAUCAGCACCACAGGAACCAGUGCCAGUACUGUCGCCUGAAGAAGUGUUUCCGUGUUGGCAUGCGCAAAGAAGCAGUUCAGCGCGGUCGUAUCCCACCUCAGCCCAGCCUAAGUCCUUCCAUGACACCCAUAGGUGUUGCAAGUGGCCUUGGAGGUGGGGAGUUUUACAACAACAACAAUAAUGGAGGAGGAAGUGGAGGUCAGCCCGUGUCUGAGCUCAUUUCCCAGCUGCUGCGAGCCGAGCCAUAUCCCAGCAGUCGAUACGGACACCAGUACAACCAGCAGACCAGUCCAGAUAACUCCAUGGGCAUAGAUAAUAUCUGUGAACUGGCUGCUCGUUUGCUCUUCAGCACAGUGGAGUGGGCCAGGAACAUUCCUUAUUUCCCUGAACUGCCUGUGUCAGACCAGGUGGCACUGCUGAGGCUGAGCUGGAGUGAGCUUUUCAUCCUCAACGCAGCACAGUCAGCCCUGCCCCUCCACAUGGCACCCCUUCUGGCUGCAGCUGGUUUCCACUCGUCGCCCAUGUCCGCUGAACGUGUGGUGUCCUUCAUGGACCAGGUGAGGAUGUUCCAAGACCAGGUGGACAAGCUGACCAGGCUGCAGGUGGAUUCUGCUGAGUACAGCUGCCUCAAGGCCAUCGCGCUGUUCUCACCAGAUGCCUGCGGUCUGACAGACCCAGUCCACGUGGAGUCCCUGCAGGAGAAGGCUCAGGUGGCCCUGACGGAGUAUGAGAGGAUGCAGUACCCCAGUCAGCCUCAGCGCUUCGGCCGCCUGCUCCUGCGCCUGCCCGCCCUGCGUGCAGUCCCUGCCAACCUCAUCUCCCAGCUCUUCUUCAUGCGCUUAGUGGGAAAGACCCCUAUUGAGACGUUGAUUCGUGACAUGCAGCUCUCUGGGAGCUCCAUCAGCUGGCCGUAUGUUCCAGGACAGUAGCUUACCUCAGGCUUUAGUGAGACCAGGACUCACAGGACCCCUCCUGACUCAUGACAGUCCAUGUGUGUGGCUGUCAUACAUCCUGUACUGUAAACCCUUAACCCCCCCACAUACAACAGGCCUCCACAGAGCCAGGGUAAGGCUUGUGUUGUCCUAUUGCCAAACUCUUCAUUCUGGUUCCAGGUCUCAGGUCAGAACUAGUUCCUGGUGCUGGGCUUGAAUAUGGCCGUCACAGUGGGACCUGUCUUCACCCAUGUUAUAAAACUAAAGACAACAUGUAGAGGGCAGCAGCAGCAGCAGCACAGCCGUGCUUCAGUGACCCCUUUAAACAUGGAACUGGUCACAUGAUCCAAACACCUGGUGACACAACCUGAAGCAUGGACCUCAUGGGUUCGCUGCCCUUUUUCAUCUCAUUACUGAGGAUGAAGCAACAGGAGGUGCUCCGACAACAAGAUGAAGUAAAACCAAGGAAAAUUCACCAAAGUUUACCACAUUAUCCUCAGAGAUUGUUUUUAAAACAACUGAACCGCACAUUUCAAUUCAUUCACAGGGCUCACUGAUGCUGGAGUUCAUGAAUCCAAAACCAUCUCUGAGAAAAGACUAAUACCUCAUCAGACAUCAGAAUGCUUUAGGAUCUCACCUAAACUAACCUCUGUAUGGUUCCUUCACCAGUCGCCUUCUUUUUGACUACUGCCUUGCUUUCAACGAGAAUGAAUUGGAAGCCAAUUAUCCUUUAUCUUAAAAAGAAUUAGGUCAUUUUCUGUCGUCUUUUAAGCCCAAGUUUUAAUUAUGUGGAUCACUUUUUAAAAUGGGACAUAACAGGCAGAUGGGUUUGGGUUCAGUAAUGAGAAAUAAAACCCUUAUUUGAAGAUUUGACAGGUAAAAGAACCAGUUAAACCAGUUUGUCCAUGGAAAGAGUUAGUGGAGCAUCAGCCUCCUGACAUGAAUUAAAGUGUAUAUAUCUAAAUGUAUAUUAAUGCCAACUUUGUUCUUUUGCAUGUUCUGAUGUUGUUUUGGGUCUGUUUCUUCUCACACUAUAAUUCACGGUUUCUUUAACCAUUAAAGCAGUGGUUCUCAAACUGUGGGGGCAGGGCAUUUCUGAGGGAAAGAGGGGGACGAUGUUUUAUUUUUUUAUUAUAUUUAGAUCUUUGGGCRUUAAAUUAGCAAGUAGCAUGAGUGUUUAGGCAUUAUUGUCAUUUAAACUGGUUUUUGAAACAAACCAUGAGAGACAGGCUGCGUCCCAGGUAGGGUGGACAGGAAGUUACUGGUUAGUCAGCAGGUGACCUAAAUUACAGGGAAAAGGAAGAGUUUAUAAUGUGUGUGUUAUUUGUUCCACGUUUUUAUCAAAUUUAUCAAAUCAAAGCUGGAAGAUAACUUGAUCYUAAAAGACUGGAAAAAAUGACCUGUUUUAGUGUCUGAAAACAUAGCUGACUAUAAAUCAAUAAAUCAAUAAUACUUGUUGGAACAUUAUACUCUGGUUGUGUAAGCCACUUAUUUUU